CUGUGGCCGCGUUUCCGCGUGUUGUUCCCUCUGGGCUUCUAAGGCUGGCGCGGGUCUGCAGUACCGGGCCCGCGAGGCCCAAGCAUGGCCUUUCCGCCGCCAGGCACUCUCCUUUGGGGGCUCCUCCUUUUGCAGAACGCCCUGAGGCCGCUGCGAGGGAACUUGGUUUUCAUCCCUUCUCUCAUCCGAAUGUCCAGCCCUGCGGUCAGCGCCUCUCUAGUCGGAGACACCGAGGGUGUGACUGUGUCCCUGGCUGUGCUGCAGGACGAGGAGGGAAUCUUGCCAGUUCCAACUUGUGGAGUGCUGAGCAAUGAGGCAGAAGACUGGAGUGUGACUAUGACCCCCAGUGCAGUAGGACCACAGAAUGUGCUGGAAGUGACAGUAAAACUGAAGGAUCUGGAAUGGUGUUCCUCAAAUGAGACAGAUUCCUUCCCAGACUCCCUGUGUGUCCUCCAAACUCUUCUGGUUUCAGCAUCUCACAAUUCAUCUUGUUUAGCACAUCUACUCAUUCAAGUGGAAAUUUAUGCCAACUCUUCUCUGACCCAUAAUGUUUCAGAGAAUGUGACUGUUAUUCCUAACCAGGUAUAUCAGCCUCUUGGUCCUUGUCCUUGUAAUUUAACAGCGGGGGCCUGUGAUAUUCGCUGCUGUUGUGACCAGGAAUGCUCAUCAGAGGUAACAGAACUGUUCAGAGAGUCGUGUUUCUCUGGUGUGUUUGGAGGAGAUGUCAAUCCUCUGUUUGAUCAGCUCUGCUCUGUACAGAGGAUGGACCAUGUCCCUGAUUGGUUUCCCUUCCUGUGUGUGCAAUCGUCCCUUGCCAACACGCCCUUCCUUGGUUACUUUUAUCAUGGGUCUGUUAGCCCUAGACAGGACUCUUCCUUUGAAGUAUAUUUGCAUGUUGAUCCAAAAGAUUUUGCAGACUUUGGUUACAAGCAAGGAGAUCCAAUUAUGACUGUAGAUAAGGCGUAUUUUACUAUUCCACAGGUGUCCCUGGCUGGGCAGUGUAUGCAGAAUGCCCCAGUGGCAUUUCUUCAGAAUUUUGAUGUUAAAUGCAUUAUUGAUUUGGAACUAUACCAGGAACGAGAUGGUAUCAUCAAUGUGAUAAUAAAGAGUGGUGCUGUGGAAGGAGGCACUGUUACACCAAAAGUAAUCUACGAGGAAGCAAAUGACCUACACAAAUUCAUCAGUGCAGAAACUCUUUUAAAUAAUGGAUCAGCCUCCAGAAAUGUGAAUGUGGAAGAACAUUAUAUUUUCAUAUGGAAUAAUAAGACAAUCAGUGAAAUAAAUGUUAGAAUUAUUAGGGCAGAAAUUAAUGCCCACCAGAAAGGAAUAAUGACACAGAGAUUUACAGUAAAAUUUUUAAGCUAUAACAGUGGUAAUGAAAAGGAAAUAUCUGGAAAUCCAGGUUACCAACUUAGCAAACCUGUACGAGUUCUAAAUUCCAAUGCAAUGAAUAAUGUUACGACUUUACACUUUUGGCACUCAGCUGGGAGGGGUUUGUGUUCAUCAGCAACUUUGAAACCUGUUUUAUUUGGAGAAAAUGCACUAUCUGGGUGUUUUUUAGAAGUUGGGAUUAAUGCAAACUGCAGUCAGCUCAGGAGGAAUGCUGCUGAAAGACUUGGUUCACUAAUAAAAGUGACUCAUGUUGCAAUGAGAGGCAACUCAGAUUACAAUGAUCUUAGUGAUGGCUGGCUGGAGAUAAUACAUGUAGAGGCUCCUGAUACAGGGACAGACCCAGCUGAUAGUGAUGUUAAUGGCAUCUGCCUGGAUGUUCCUGCUCAGCUGCACAUCCGAAUCCUCAUCUCAGAUGCUGGUGUGGUGGAGGGGAUUACUCAGCAGGAGAUACUUGGCUUAGAGACAAGGAUCUCCUCAGUGAACUGGCAGUAUCAGUGUGGGCUUACUUGUGAGGAUAAGACUGACCUUUUCCCCAUCAGUGCAUCAGUCCAGUUUAUUAAAGUGCCUGCACAGUUACCUCGCCCCCUGACAAGAUUUCAGAUCAAUUUUACAGAGUAUGACUGUAACAGAAAUGAGGUGUGUUGGCCGCAACUUCUGUAUCCAUUUACCCAGUAUUAUCAAGGGGAACCUUAUUCUCAGCGAGUUGCCAAGGGCUUGCUGUUGAUGUUGUUCCUCAUGUUGGCUGCAUUCCUCAGCAACCCCUGGACCAGAAUAUGCAAAGCUUGGAGUUCACCUAACUACUACCUAACUUAUUAAAGACUAUACUUCUGGGGUUUGUUGGAGCCCUGUGUGCCUCUCUGUAAAAUUUUAAUAAAUGAAAGGUUUUUGUUU